AUGAACCACCCUUACAUUUUCAACGCGACCGCCGCUUUGAGCACAGUUCUCAUGGGGUUUGGUCUCAGCGCGACGUUUCGCCCAGACGGCCAUCUCAGGAGUUUGGGGUUCCCUGUUCACACAGAGCCCACGGCCAAGAAGCUCAACUCGGCACUCAUGAGCAUUUGGGGCAUACGCAACAUAUCUGUCAGCCUCCUUCUCUUCCUAAUAUGGGCCCAGAAGGACGAGAGCUUGAUGGCCAAAGCCAUGGGGAUCGUCAUUGCGAUUCCCUUUGUGGAUGGAUUCGUGAGCCGCAGACUCAUCGGUUACAACGAAAUGAUGCACUGGUCGUUCAUCCCAAUCCUGGGAAUCACUGCUACGGGGCUAUCGCUGUGA